GACGUGAAACUAUCUAAAUGAGCAAAACGCAACAAAUAUCCACCUUGGAAAAACGCCAAUAUAUCGAAUCCCUCGGCCACCGUUUGUGUCUUCAAACGAGCCUUCGAAUUUUCUCAAUACUGUUCAAACUCUAAACAAGAAUUCAACUUGAUUGCAACCGAUACUUUCGUCAGCAUAUCUGCAUGAUUCUUUAUGGAUUACAAGAGUAAUUUGGACAUGAGUGCAUAUGUAGUUGGUGUCUUGGCUCCUCUUCUACUCACUCUCGCCCUUCGGAACUUAAAAAAAGAAAAACGCCGAGGUUUGCCCGCUGAUGUCAGCGGAGAACCGGGGUACGCGAUCCGAAACUACCGGUUUACAUCUCCGGUUGAAACCGCAUGGGCCGGGAUCGAAACUCUUGCAGAUCUUUUUGAACAAGCAUGCAAAAAGCACGGUGACAAGAAUCUACUCGGAACGCGAAAAAUAAUUUCUAGAGAGACCGAAGUAAAUCAAGACGGGAGAUCAUUUGAAAAGCUUCAUUUAGGUGAUUACGAGUGGAUGACCUAUGGUCAAGUGUAUCAAGUUGUGUGUAAUUUUGCAUCGGGCCUCGUGCAAAUCGGGCAUAAAUCGGGUGAACGUGUUGCAAUCUUUGCAGAUACACGGGAAGAAUGGUUUAUUGCAUUGCAGGCGUGUUUCAGGCGCAACGUCACCGUUGUGACCAUGUAUGCAUCUUUGGGAGAAGAAGCCAUUUGCCACUCAUUAAACGAGACGGAGGUUACUACCGUAAUUUGUGGAAACAAAGAGCUGAAGAAGCUUAUAGAUAUAAGCGGACAAAUAGACACAGUACAACGCGUAAUAUGCAUGGACGACGAAGUAUAUUCAAGUCCUUUCUUAACUGACGGAAGCAGCAGUUGGAAAAUCUUUCCGUUUUCCGAAGUAGAAGAAAUCGGUAGAGAGAACGCUGUUGAAGCAGAUCUACCACUCCCUGCUGAUGUGGCGGUGGUUAUGUAUACUAGCGGAAGUACCGGCUUGCCUAAGGGUGUUAUGAUGACACAUGGCAAUGUUUUAGCUACCGUUUCCGCUGUAAUGACCAUUGUGCCGGGCCUUGGAGGCAACGAUGUUUAUUUAGCCUACUUACCACUGGCACAUAUUCUUGAACUUGCAGCCGAGAAUUUAAUAGCGGCUGUAGGAAGUUCGAUAGGUUAUGGAUCUCCUUUAACUCUUACGGAUACAUCAAGCAAGAUUAAGAGGGGCACAAAGGGCGAUGCGUCUGUUUUAAGACCAACGUUAAUGGCAGCUGUUCCGGCUAUUCUUGAUCGUGUCAGAGACGGCGUGAGGAAAAAGGUAGAUUCGGCAGGUGGGCUAUCAAAGACGUUGUUUAAUUUAGCGUAUAAUCGUCGGUUGUCUGCAAUUAAUGGAAGUUGGCUUGGGGCAUGGGGUUUAGAAAAGCUUCUAUGGAAUUAUUUAGUAUUUAGAAAGGUUCGAGCCAUUUUAGGGGGUCGUAUCCGCUUUAUUCUGUCCGGUGGAGCCCCGUUGUCUGCUGAUACCCAAAGAUUUAUCAACAUUUGUUUUGGUGCUCCAAUAGGUCAAGGUUAUGGUCUUACGGAGACGUGUGCCGGUGGGACUUUUUCGGAGUAUGAUGAUACAUCCGUUGGUCGUGUUGGUGCACCCCUUCCUUGCUCCUAUAUCAAGUUAAUAAAUUGGCCCGAAGGUGGUUACUUAACCAGCGAUUCACCUAUGCCUCGUGGAGAAAUAGUGAUCGGUGGGCCAAAUGUUACUCUUGGAUACUUCAAAAAUGACGAAAAAACGAAGGAAGUAUACAAAGUUGAUGAGAGAGGCUUGAGGUGGUUCUACACCGGUGAUAUCGGACAAUUCCAUAAAGACGGUUGCCUUGAGAUAAUCGAUCGUAAAAAGGAUAUCGUUAAACUUCAACAUGGAGAAUAUGUUUCUCUAGGAAAGGUCGAGGCGGUUCUGAGUGUUAGCCCUUACGUCGAUAACAUCAUGGUGUACGCCAAUUCAUUCCACAGUUACUGCGUUGCCAUUGUGGUCGCUUCACAAUCUGCGUUAGAAUCGUGGGCUUUGCAGAAAGGUAUCAAGGUUGUCGAUUUCGCAAGUUUGUGUGAAAUGUCGGAAACCGUGAAGGAAGUUUAUGGUUCCCUGGUGAAGGCUGCAAAAACGGGGCGAUUGGAGAAGUUUGAGAUUCCGGCGAAGAUCAAGCUGCUUCCGGACGCAUGGACUCCUGAAUCAGGACUGGUGACUGCAGCACUAAAGCUCAAAAGAGACAUUAUCAGAAAGACUUUCUCAGAUGAGCUGGCAAAGUUUUAUCUUUCUUGAUUGAUGGCGUAAACGAUACGAUCGUCUAAAUAGUUUGUUUAUGUACUAGUUUUGUUUUUCCCCUAUCUAUUAAUUCAACUGAAUUUUGUUAGUUUUAUCUGCUCAGUUUUGCUAUCCAUAUUCAUCAUGAAGUAGGGUGGACAGAAAUAUUUGGCCACAUCUCAUAAAAUACCAAUGUACUUUAACAUUUGUAUCGUUUUAGUCGUUGUACUUAGUUUGUUCUCAUUUGUGGUUUA